UAAUUUGAACCAUUGUAUAGAAAUUCUCAAAUAAGAACCAUGAAAAUUUUGAUAAUUUUCGUCGCUAGGAUCAAAGGUGGUAACUUUCUUCAGAGUCGAAUAUGAUAUUCCAACAAUAAACUCAGGACCGUCUCUCUCUCUCUCAUAAUCAUUUUUCCUUGAAUCAAAAUCAAACCACUGACUUGGAAGAAAUCAAUGGCUUUGAAUUCGAAAACCCAGCAAUGUCUCCUAUUCCUCCUCCUCCAUAGUCAUAUUGCCGUCAAAUCUUCAUCCCCAAUUCUCUCCGCCGAUCCGCCAACUCCCGAACCAACAGUGUACGAAAUCCUCCCCAAAUUCGGCCUUCCGAGUGGACUCUUACCCGACUCAGUCACCUCCUACACCCUCUCGAAAAAUGGCGAAUUUGAGCUCAAUCUCAAGAAACCAUGUUAUAUCAAGUUCGAUUACUUGGUUUAUUACAAGAAAAAGAUCACUGGGAAGCUGAAAAUGGGGUCGAUUACCAAUUUGAAGGGCAUUCAGGUUAAGAGAUUCUUGUUCUGGUUUAAUGUUGACGAGAUAAGUGUUGACUUGCCGCGGACCGAUAGUAUUUACUUCAGUGUUGGGAUCAUAAACAAGAAGCUCAAUGUGGAUCAGUUCCGAACUGUUCGUUCUUGCAAAGCAGAUGCCCUUAUGAGACAGGCGGUCGAAGAUGGUGGUGGCAACAAGGUUGAAGUAGGUUUACUAUUCAGUUACUGAUGCCACUUCCUGCCUCAUUUCUAGCUGCCCACGAUGUGUGUUUUAUCUUGGGGUUAAGUUGCUUGGCCACCAAUUAGUCGCCUGUUGGGUGCUUUGUGUUUGGAGAAUUUGCUUUACCAUUAAGCUGGUGGUCAUUUUCUCUUAUUUCUCUUGUUCUGCUCUUUUUGAUUGUUGGGAUCUCCCCAAUUGGUGACUUUCUGGGCUUAUUAUCGUUUCUGUGCUGAAUAUGGUGUUGUCCUUUGGGUGGUUUGGUUGGCGUUGUGGGCUGCCUUGGCUCUUUUCUUAAUUUGUUAAAAGAAAAAGGUCCGCUUGUACUAUUUGUGUCAUUUACUUGUUUAGUAUUGAAAUUUGCAUCCAAUUGAAUUUGGGUUUUGUAUAAGUUGAUUUGGAAUUCAAAAUUUGGUAUUUGAAUCUAUUAAAUCUAG